AUGAAUAUUGUCAUAGUGCUUUUAACAAUUACAGCUAAUCUAGACUGGCAACUUCAACAACUAGAUGUGAAGAAUGCAUUCCUCAAUGGCAACUUAGAAGAAGUCUAUAUGGAUCCACCUCCAGGUUUUGAGAAGAAGUUUGGCUCAAAGGGACAGGCAGACCAAACCAUGUUCACAAGGUACUCAGCUGGUGGGAAGAUAGCUGUUCUUAUAGUUUAUGUUGAUGAGAUUAUUCUUACCGGGGAUGACGUGACCGAAAUGGAUCGGUUGAACCAGUGCCUAGCCUCUGAGUUUGAAAUCAAAGAUCUGGGUUCAAUAAAAUAUUUUCUUGGAAUGGAGAUAGCUUGGGUUCAAGGAGAGACAAAGAUCUUCACUGAUGUAGACUGGGCUGGUUCAACACAAGAUCGAAGAUCUACCUCGAGCUAUUGCACAUAUGUGUGGGGAAAUUUAGUGACUUGGCGAAGCAAAAAGCAACCGGCGGUUUCAAGUAGUGCAGAAGCAAAAUUCCGAGCAAUGGCACAGAGGAUAUGCGAAGCCAUCAACAUCACAAAGAAUCUUGUGCACCAUGAUAGGACGAAACAUGUCAAAAUUGAUCGCCACUUCAUCAAAGAAAAGUUUGAAGAAGGAAGAUUUGAGCUGUUGUACAUUCCAACCUCGCUGCAAACUGCUGAUAUUCGUACAAAAGCACUCAGCAGAAAUGUGUUUGAGGAAUUGUGUUCCAAGCUGGGCAUGAUCAAUAUAUGCAGCCCAACUUGA